AUGCCCCUAAGCCCUGCAAAACGAGCCCUAACCGAAUCGCGCGACAAUGGUAAUGCGGGGUCAUUCCAAGCCGUAAAGGAAGACUCCGACAACAAACCGGCGGGGCCCGCGAUAGCUAUGGAUUCCUGCACUUCCUACGAAAAUCCUAACAACGUGAUUGUUGCUGAAGACUUCGAUGACAAGACUGUGCCAAAACUUGCUCCCUCGCGGAUAGAAAAACGCCGCAGCGGCAACUUUGGUGCCCUUAGCCCUUUAAAACGGACCGACGGCUUUAUGAAUCUAGAUCAAGCAAGUUGUGGGAGCCCGGUGCCCAAACGAAGGAGUCUUCAUGGCGCUAAUUUCGGUUCUGAAUUUGACGUUUUCGAACAUGCUGCCAAUACGCCAGAUAUCAUUUCCAAUGAAGCAAAGGAACACGAGUCAACUGGGUCAUUGUUCCCACAAUCCCCUUCCCUAUUCUCCACCGUUCCCAAAAGGUCCUCAUCAUUGAGGAAGUCCACCCUCCAACAACGUCAGAAUGAUAGACAGUUGUUCCGCAAAGGCAAUGUUGAUCAAAGCCCAGAAGUCUCGACUCCAGCAGCCCUCCGCAACAACGCCUCCGGGGUGCGAGAUAACGGUAUCUUUUCCCCUUUGAAGCGUGAUAGUUUUACGCCUUCAGGCAGUAUUUUUACAAACACAUCAACUCCAGCCCCUGUCCAAUUUACAGGAUUCGCGCAGCCAACCCUCAGUGCCCAUCCCCUCUCAAGAACCAUAACUCAGUCGUCGUCAGACUCAAGUCUUGCUGAUGAUUCUCCAACCCAUGCCCCAGGACCCGCAAGGCCUCUGAGCCCGCGGCCAAUACUAAAUUUUUCCAAAUCACUGCCGGCUGGAUCUUCAAAGCCCCUUGUUUCAAGCCGGUUACAACACGAAGAGUCAAAUGGCUCCGAAGCUUCAUUCGCAACGCCCGAAAGCUAUAGAUUUGUCAAACCUCUUCCUGCUGCAUUUUUUUCUACUGGCUUGAUUUCGAAGAAAAAUCGAAAUGCGGCAGAUGUUCUCAACCCACCUCUUGGCGGCAAAAAUAUGCCUGACACUCCUUGCAAACGGGCUUCGUUUAUACCCACUCGCAAACCCUUUUCCCAGUCCUUUGAUAGCGAUAAGUUCCCAUUUGGUCCUUCCAGCUCACCUUGGACACCUACAAACACUUCUGUUAUUACUAGCAAGCCCCGGGCACCUAAGGGUAUGGGAAUUUUUGGCCGAAAUUUUAUAAAACCUCCGCCUUCCCGACGAGGGAGCUUUGUCAGUAUUGAUGGCGAGGACGACUCUCAAUAUCGAUCUCCUUCCGCAGGCAACGACACUCAAAAUGCAAUGGACUCUGACUUACCUCCAACUCCAACAAAGCAAACCUUUGGAUCUUCCGCGUCUCAAUUUUCUCUUUCGCAAACCCAGCUAAACACCAGCAAUACUCCGGGAUCAAUGUUUGAAAAUGGUGGCGUUGGUCCUUGCUCAAGCCCACUCCAUCACAAAUCGAUUGACCAUAUGUCACCGCAUACCCCUCAGGAGCAUAUAUUACCCCCUGAUCCGAGUGGUCUAUCUAUUUCCGCAUUCAGCGACCAUAGGCCCGGCUUAGACUCAUCGUUGAACUUUCCUGCUACUCCAACCGGCCCACGAGAGUCCUUUCCACAACUUGGGAAGCGAUCGACUUUGUCACUCAAUAACUAUAGCUCACCAGAUGUCGACUCGUGCUUGACUUCACGGUUUGAUAAGGUUGAAUUGAUAGGAACUGGAGAAUUCUCCCAGGUUUAUUGCGUCACUGAGCGCCAAUCCAUGGCCACAUUUCAAGCUACUGUGCCAGGAUCGUCUAAGAAACUUACUUCCCCUCUCCAUCUAUGGGCUGUGAAGAAAUCGAAACAGCCAUUCACAGGCAUCAAAGAUCGGGAAAGACGAUGCAUGGAGGUGGUCAUACUAAAAGCACUGACAAACUCAGACCAUGUUAUUUCCUUUGUUGACAGCUGGGAAAAUAAUAACUACCUUUACAUUCAAACAGAGUUCUGUGAAGAGGGGAGUCUUGAUGUUUUUCUCUCGCAAGUUGGACUGAAAGCAAGGCUUGAUGAUUUUCGAAUUUGGAAAAUCUUACUUGAACUAUCCCACGGCCUAAAAUGUGUCCAUGAUUCAGGUUUCAUUCACUUGGACUUGAAGCCAGCCAAUAUUUUAAUCACAUUUGAAGGCGUUUUAAAAAUAGCAGACUUUGGCAUGGCAGCUUGCUGGCCAGCUGCUGAUGGCAUCGAAGGCGAGGGCGACAGAGAAUACAUCGGACCCGAAAUUCUUCAGGGACGCUACGAUAAACCCGCCGAUAUCUUCGCUCUUGGUUUGAUCAUGUUCGAAAUCGCUGGCAAUGUUGAAUUACCUGACAAUGGCUUGUCAUGGCAAAAACUUCGAAAUGGCGAUAUCAGCGAUGUUCCAAGCUUGACCUGGAGCUCCGAAACAAGCAUUCCUCGCGAUGCAACCGGAAAUCCGUUAUCAAGUAGUUGUUCCUUCGAAGAUAGCUUUUCUCUUGAGGAGCCGUUGACACUCGACAUGCUUUCAGGAGAACAACAUGUUCCACAAGUGAAGCCACACUUGGUUUCCGUCCGGAGUGGCGAACUUUCCGAUCCUCCAGACUUCAUGAUUGAUCCUAAUAACGUUGGAGCCCUCGACAAAAUCGUCCGAUGGAUGAUAUCUCCUGAUCCAGCCGAUCGGCCUGUAGCUGCCCAAGUCAUUCAAUCGUUCGGCGUUCAAUGGACUGAACGGCGACGGCGCGCUGGGGCCACUAUUUACGAAGGUAACUGGGGCCCAGCGGACGAAGUUCUUGUCGAGGAUGCCGAAAUGAUCGAUGUUUAA